GGAUCCACCGAGAGACCCAGGGCUGGAGCUGUCGAGUUCGUCUGCUCUCCCUGCACCCGGGGGAGGGCGGAGCGACCGCCAACCGGGGCGGAUGCUGGAAGCGGCGGCGGCGGCCGGAGACGGGGAGGCCGAGAGCAAUCUGUGAGUUGCCCAUGUUCAAGAGACCUCAUUCAUGCAGAGGCAACAAGAAUUAAGACAUUGUGAACACAGAUAGCCAGGCGACUAACCACACAGUAGGAUGCCGUCAACCAACCGAGCAGGAAGCCUAAAAGACCCAGAAAUAGCUGAACUGUUCUACAGAGAAGAUCCUGAAAAGCUGUUUGUGGAUUUGCGAGAAAUUGGCCAUGGCAGCUUUGGAGCAGUUUAUUUUGCACGAGAUGUUCGCACUAAUGAAGUGGUGGCUAUCAAGAAAAUGUCAUAUAGUGGCAAACAGUCUAAUGAGAAAUGGCAGGAUAUUAUCAAAGAAGUCAAAUUCCUACAGAAGUUACGACAUCCAAAUAGUAUUGAAUACAAAGGUUGCUAUCUGAGGGAACAUACUGCCUGGCUGGUGAUGGAGUACUGCUUAGGAUCAGCUUCAGAUCUUCUAGAAGUUCAUAAGAAACCGCUUCAGGAAAUUGAGAUAGCAGCCAUUACACAUGGUGCUCUGCAAGGAUUAGCUUAUUUGCAUUCUCACAACAUGAUUCACAGGGACAUAAAGGCAGGUAAUAUCCUCCUGACAGAGCCAGGCCAAGUGAAGUUAGCUGAUUUUGGGUCUGCUUCCAUAGUAUCUCCUGCUAAUUCAUUUGUGGGAACACCGUAUUGGAUGGCUCCUGAAGUAAUCCUUGCCAUGGAUGAAGGACAGUAUGAUGGCAAAGUAGACGUUUGGUCCUUGGGAAUUACCUGCAUAGAAUUAGCGGAGCGAAAGCCUCCUUUGUUUAAUAUGAAUGCAAUGAGUGCCUUAUAUCAUAUAGCACAGAAUGAGUCACCUGCUCUUCAGUCUAAUGAAUGGUCUGACUACUUUCGAAACUUUGUAGACUCCUGUCUUCAGAAAAUUCCUCAAGACAGACCCACUUCAGAGGAACUUCUCAAACACGCGUUUGUUGUUAGAGAACGCCCCGAAACAGUGUUAAUAGAUUUGAUCCAGCGGACAAAAGAUGCCGUCAGAGAGCUCGAUAACCUUCAAUAUAGAAAGAUGAAGAAAAUCCUUUUUCAGGAAGCCCAUAAUGGGCCUGCAGUUGAAGCCCAAGAGGAGGAAGAGGAACCUGAACACAGUAUUGGUAGGACGGGCACGGUUAACAGCGUGGGCAGUAAUCAAUCUAUACCAAGCAUGUCUAUCAGCGCUAGUAGCCAAAGCAGUAGUGUCAAUAGUCUUCCAGAUGCUUCGGAUGAUAAUAGUGAAAUUGCCAUGAUGCAGGAGGGAGAUCAUACGGUGAUGUCAAAUAGCUCUGUUAUUCAUCUAAAGCCAGAUCAUGAUCACUAUGGCGAAGAGGUUGACCACAGACCUAGGGGUUCAGAACCGCAAUCGCCACCUCCAGUUUCACGCCAUAAGUCACACUACCGAAACAGAGAACAUUUUGCCACAAUACGUACAGCUUCUUUGGUUACAAGGCAAAUACAAGAGCAUGAACAAGAUUCUGAGCUUCGGGAGCAGAUGUCUGGUUAUAAACGCAUGCGACGCCAGCAUCAGAAGCAGCUCAUGGCGCUGGAAAAUAAGCUCAAAGCGGAGAUGGACGAACAUCGCCUGCGGCUUGACAAGGAGCUAGAAACACAACGUAACAGCUUUGCUGCAGAAAUGGAGAAACUUAUUAAAAAACACCUCGGUAUUAUGGAAAAAGAGACCAAAGCAGUUUCUACUGAAGAAAAGAAAUUUCAGCAGCACAUACAGGCUCAGCAGAAGAAGGAAUUAAAUAGCUUUCUUGAAUCCCAGAAGAGAGAAUAUAAGCUACGCAAGGAACAACUAAAAGAGGAGCUGAAUGAAAAUCAGAGCACUCCAAAGAAGGAGAAACAAGAAUGGCUUUCAAAACAGAAGGAAAACUUCCAGCACUUCCAGGCUGAAGAAGAAGCCAAUUUACUGCGGCGGCAGCGCCAGUAUCUAGAACUGGAAUGUCGACGUUUCAAACGGAGAAUGUUGCUUUCACGCCAUAACCUUGAACAGGAUCUGGUACGGGAGGAGCUCAACAAGAAACAAACACAAAAGGAUCUGGAGCAUGCUAUGUUGCUGCGCCAUCAUGAGUCCAUGCAAGAGCUAGAAUUUCGCCACCUCAAUACUAUUCAGAAAAUGCGUAGUGAGCUAAUUAGACUGCAGCACCAAACUGAGCUUACUAAUCAACUGGAGUACAAUAAACGGAGGGAGCGAGAGCUGCGGCGAAAACAUGGAAUGGAAGUCCGGCAGCAACCUAAAAGUCUAAAGUCAAAAGAAUUGCAAAUCAAAAAACAAUUCCAGGACACUUGCAAGAUUCAGACAAGGCAAUACAAGGCACUUCGCAACCAUUUGUUAGAAACUACACCCAAGAGUGAACAUAAAGCUGUGCUGAAACGACUGAAGGAUGAGCAGACACGAAAAUUGGCCAUACUUGCUGAACAGUAUGAUCAUAGCAUAAACGAAAUGCUGUCAACUCAGGCAUUACGUCUAGACGAGGCUCAGGAGGCUGAAUGCCAGGUUCUAAAAAUGCAGUUGCAGCAGGAGCUUGAGCUACUUAAUGCAUACCAGAGCAAAAUAAAAAUGCAGACUGAGGCGCAGCAUGAGCGUGAACGCAAGGAACUGGAGCAGAGAGUCUCAUUGCGUAGAGCCCUACUAGAGCAAAAGAUUGAGGAGGAGAUGCUGGCACUACAGAAUGAACGCACUGAGAGAAUACGAAGCUUACUGGAACGUCAAGCCCGAGAAAUAGAGGCUUUUGACUCUGAGAGCAUGAGACUUGGCUUUAGCAACAUGGUCCUUUCUAAUCUGUCUCCAGAGGCUUUUAGCCAUAGUUACCCUGGAGCUACUAGUUGGUCUCAUCACCCUUCUGGAGGAGCAGGGCAUCACUGGGGUCACCCCAUGGGUGGCCACCCUCCAGCCUGGGGUCACCCUAUGUCAGGUGGAUCCCAACCUUGGGGACAUCCCGCUGGCCCUGUUGUUGCUGUACCCAGAGGAGGUGGUAUGGGGGUCCGCAAUAGUCCCCAAGCUCUUAGGCGAACAGCUUCCGGAGGCAGAUCGGAGCAAGGCAUGAGCAGGAGCACAAGUGUCACAUCGCAAAUUUCAAAUGGUUCACACAUGUCUUACACGUAAUUUUAAUAGGUUGGGGGAACAGUUGUAUAACUGCUGUCUUGCCUCAAUGCUCUGCAAAAACCGCCCAUUAUGCAUCAUUUUGAAAGCCUUCUGUUGGUACUGCGGUUGAGGUUCAGAGUGCGUGGGCAUGUUUGUCCAGCCUUUCAGGAAAAAAACACGUCUCUUAUGUUAAUACAGAUUUUUUUUUCAUUUGUCAGCACGUCAUAUGUUAUCUGUUUGAUUAGCCCUAAAAAAAAAUGUGAAGGCAGGCCAAAGGAAAAUUCUUGCUGAGCCUUGUUCUCUCUAAUUGGUGGCAUUGCAACACCAUGACAUCCCAUUUGUUGUCCUUUUUUAGCAGUAUAUUUUUCCAGGUGGUGGUAGUGGAAACUUUCUUCAUGAAAAAGAAAUACUUUUGGUUGCCAUUUACUUCUGCUGGCCAUCAGACCGUAUACUUUUUCAAGGGCUGAACCAGUAAUCUCACCAGCUGCUAACCGACAUUAUAUUUCUUUGCCUGAGGAAUUUGUCUGCUGGAGUAGGUAUUAUACGGAAGAAAAUUUAGGUUCUAUUUCUUGAGCAGAAAAAUUAUAUCGUGAAUAGACUGGAAGUUGGGCUGAUAUGAAGUGGGACUGAGUUAAAAUCUGGUACAACCAUUUGGUAUUUAUGUACAGCCACAAACCUGCAUUUGUUUACUGGUCAGUUACUCAUCUGGCAUUAACCUUUUGCUACGUUAUCUGUGAAUUAUUUAGCCACUAACAUGUCUAGAGUAUGAAACUAGUUAAUGAGGAAUAUUAAUGUUAACUAAUGCAUAGCAAUGAUGCCAUAAGUAAUUCGCCAAAUAAUAGAUUAAAGAAAAACUGCCUUUUGCUAAUUGUUUUGAUUUCCCCCACUUCAUAAUUUUCAGAUUUAUUCAUUAUGUGCAACAUUUUCCUUUUUGCAAAUCUUCCCACCAUCCGUUGAGCAUGCUGUGUGGCUCCAAAAUGGUGUUACUGCAUCAUAAUGAUCAUGCUCCAAAUUUAAGGUGUUUACAAACUACCAUAGAAAGUAGUUUUAAACUAUACAUUUGAAAAUUAUCAAUACAUUACCAUUACCAAUAGAAAAACCACAUAUAUUGUUCUUAAAACAGUUUCGAUACAGAACACUAUUUUUAAAUUAUACAGAUAGUAUAAUUUUAUUUUUUAAUAAGUAAAAGUUAGAGUGUUUUUGUAAUAGGCUGUUGUACAAUGUGUUCUGACUUUUGGCACAUUUCAAUAAGGACUUUACGUUGUGCGUGGUCUAUGAGUUGUACAAUAAUCUAUUGCCACAAUACUGUGAACAUUUUUGUCCCUUCAGAAAGAACACUGCAGUAAGUAAACCGCUUCCCUAAAAUUCAGGUUACAUUGAAAAAAGUUUUUUUUUAUUUGAAGAAUGUAUGUAUCUGUAAAUAUGUAGUAAAUUGGAAUUGCUGAGCUGCUGGCCUAGUUCCUGUGUCUUUUUAUACUGAAUUUAGGUUCUGUCAACUAAAAAAGAACUUAGUGCCAUUAUUAGCACCAGUGAGCAUGCCUAUGACUUUUUAGCUUUCUAUGUAUCACUAUUACUACACUGUAGUAUAAUGUAACAAGUCUUAAAUGUGUUAUACAGACAAAAAAAUACAUCUGAAAGCUAUGCUUGUUUCCCUUCCUUACAGUGCUGACUGACUGGGCAGUAAAAAAUUAUUGUAUGUACUGCAUUUCACAUAAACACUACUUUUGGUAUGAAACUUAAUGGUGAAAUGAUAUUAAAUCUUGCCAAUAAUCUAAUUUGUUAUUUCAUGUGACAUUGUGCAACUUAUCACUUACAUGUAGUUAUCAUUUAUUUGCCAAAAUUAUCAAUAUUGGUAAGAAUGAAGACUAGUUAAGUGUUUUCACAUGUUUAACUUCAUAGUUUGAAUUUUCUCUCCCACCUGACCCCAUGUGAUUGGUUUGUUUCUUUCAUUGGUUAUAAUUUUAAUACCAAAAUUCAUGCCCAGUAGUGUUGCCUAAACUGUUCUAAGUAAUUCUAAAUUAUUUUAUUAAAAGAAUGUGAGAAGAAUCAAGUGCUGAGAACAGCAUUUUUCAGUUUGCAGUCAAGCAGUGGUACAGUGAUUAUUUAAGCAGUGCUUGGAUAAUUUUUGCUCAUGGAAACUCAUAUCUAAAUUAUGGACAUGCAGUCAACAUUGCUUAGAUCAUAACAGAUCAUAAAUGUUGUCUGCCUUGAUAUUUGAGAUCAAACAGUCUGGCAUGAACCUGACUGGUUGAAGUAUUUUUGGUGGUUAGCUAAGAUCAAGUGGUUGUGUAUGCAUAUUCCAUUGGACAACAUUAGUGAGUUGUUAUUCUGGAGUUUCUUCUGUUCUCCAUUGUUGAAGACGACAUGCCAAAAUCAUUUAGGCAACAGUGCUCAAAAGCAGAACUUGCUACUUUAUCACAGACUUAUUGGCUUUUGGCUACUGAUUUUUAAAAACAAAUGUUUAAUUUGCAAAUUGGAGUUGGUGACAGAAUAGCCAUAAUUUAAAAUUUACAUUUUAAAUGUCAUUUUGGUUUAGAAUUUGCUAUACAAUUCCUUUAAUUUAUUAGUAGCUUCUAUUUUUAAUAAACUUAAUCUCAUAUUUUUAAAUAAUGAACUAUAUAAGGCUCUUUAAGUGUUAGUUUUUACUCUUGAUGAUUCAAACCCUGAGAAUCUUACCUGUUGUACAGAGUUCUGCAAAAUACCUCGGUCAGUGUUGCUGUGUGACUAGCUUCUCGGAUAUUCAUGAGUAUGUGUCCAAGGACUUAACUUGUAGUUAGCUGUCUUUUCCCUUCCCAAGCCAGGGAUACAUGGUUCCCACUUAAGACACUCCCUGGUUUUACAGAGCGCAUUGGAAGUUGACCUCUGAGAGAUUAACUGGUAACCUGCCAUUGUACCAUGCAGCAUGCUGAAAUUCAGCACCCUGUGAAAUCGUACAAUAAUUCUUCAAACAGAAAGCAACAAAAGUAAAAAUUUCAUUUCUCUGUCAUGCUACCUAUGUGUAUGGCUUGGAAUUUAGAAACUUAAACAGUGAGCAAAAAUUGGUUGAAAAUAAACACUACUUGGUGAAAUUCAUUAUGCACAAUGAGAAUGUUUUAGGUUCAUUGAAUGCUCUUAGAAAAUAGUAGAUGUCAGCAAAGAUUCACGCCUCACCCUUUGAGAUUCUGUUUGCUGCCCUGUCCCAGUAAUUGAAUACUGAUACUAAAAUUUAACAUUUGCUGAACAAUUUAUACAGUUUUAAUUGCCUGCAUUAUCAGCACUCAAUUUAUAAAUGAGAUGCCAUGUGUGUGAGGGGAAGUGAGGGUAUCUAAUUAUAGUUUAAAUUAGUCUCAUCGACCUUCAGAUUUUUGUGUGUUCUGGGCAUUUAGGGUGCCUCCAUCUUUUGUAAUGUUUAUAUUAAGAGUUGUUCUAAGUACCACUUCAACAUGAAUUACAAAAGAAAAGAGAAUCAUCUUCAAUCCCUAGUGCUCUUCCUAUCAGUCUUUUGUGUGUUCAAAUAUUUUGUCUCUUUUGGCCAAUGAGUUUAAGUUGGUAGCUGACCAUUUGCUCUGUUAGCCUGAAUAUGCAAUUUGACCACAGGAAAUUGAUUUAAAGUAUGUAUUGUAGUUGCAGUACUCACCAUGUUUGAAAUUAAGGCUGUGAAAGCCGCCUUUCUGCAUUUAAGGUGUCAUUUAAAGCAGUUGAAAAUGGAGGAGAUGCCAAGAAUUUAUUUCUUAAGACCAUAUAAAAAUGACCAUUUCUUCCUGUUUGGAAAAAAUGUACUGUCAGCCACUGUGUAUAGUGAGAUGAGUAGGGAUACAAGGUGCUCCCUAAUUUUAAUUUGGAACUUAAAAGAACAGUUUGGUUUGGUGUUUAGUAAUUUGCAUCAACAUGUAACGCUGAGUUAAAUAGCUUUGCAAAGAAAGUAAGCUUUCUCCAGUAUGCUCAAAUUAGUGAGAGUAUAAUCUGUAAUCCAGUUAGAAUUCUAUUUGGCGCAUUUGUUUUAUUUUCAUUUUAAUUGGUUUGCAUAACGCAUGGUCUGACUGCUAAAAUGCAGAUUUUAAUUAAUUAAAAUUAUAUUUCUUCAAUUUUCCAAUGUAAACCGACUGUCCACAUGGCUGCUACAUGGGGAACAGGUAAAAAGAUUGAAUUCUUUCUGGUUAACACUCCUUCAUUAACUAUGUAGAUGCAUUUAGUAAUAAUUAAAAAUGCACAUCAUUAGAUCAUUCCACCCUAAUGUAGGAAUUCUGCAUAGUAGUAAUGCACAUUUUAGGAGCAGGUAGGAUGAUAACUAGUGUAGAAUCCUAAGAAGUCAUUGAGUGCAAAGAGAAGUUUAUCAUUAUGUACAUAGUAAUUUGUGAACAAUCUGUUUCAAGAAAAAAAUCAAAAAUGUGUCUACAGUAUUGCAUUUUAUAAUUUGACAUUUUUUGAUGGGAUUACGUAGUUGCCAAAAAUGCUACAUGGGAGGUAGCAUAGGAACAGUACAGUUUACAAAGUGACUUCAUAAUUUGGAUUAUUUGCAGUAAUAUAAAUACAGAACUGCAGAUGUUGAAAACUUGAAACUAAAAGUGUGCACUGGAGAAACACAGCAAGUCUGGCAGCAUCUAUAGAGAGAAAAACAGUUGAUGUAGUGUGGAAGGAGGAAUUGGGUGGCAGUGUGGCUAUGGUUGGGCAAAAAUAGAAUGCAUGGUGAUGGUGCCGAGAGAGAGCUCAUCUGUAAGGUUUUUCAACCAUGUGAGGGACAUUCAGCUUUACUGGUUGCAAUCAAACUCAGUAAUUUACAGUUGAAGAUCUGGGCUUUUCUUUAUGAACCAUGUUGAAGGAUGACAAAUACUGCAAUCAAAGUUUCAACUUUAUGAACUAUAGCAUAUUUAAUACAUCAAAUGUCUAAUCAGCACAACUGAUGCUGAAUGUUCUUGUGACAAAUUACAAAACAGUCUAUAAAAUCCCUUCAGUUAUGUAAGGUCUGGUAAGGAGAUGUGGGGCAACCCUGCUUGACAUUGGGUUGAGAGUCCUGCAAGCUGCACCUCUUCUCUGGUUAGUGUCCUCAGGUCCAUAUUGUUUGCAUGGGGUAUGUGACUGCUUUCGAUCCUGGUUGUGCAGAGAGAGAGAGAGGGGGAGCAAGUGCUGCCCUAAUGUCUCAGUCUUGUGGUAUGCCUGUGUUUCGUUUCUUUUUUUACCCUCUUAGCACCAUCUCUAUACUGUGCCAUUCUAUUCUGGUUGGGUGUAAAUUACUGCAGAUGCUGGAAUCCAUACUGAAAACAAAAAAUGUUCAGAAGCGUCCAUGAAGAGAAACUAAGCUAACGUUUCAAGUCUAGGUGACUCUUCAAUCACUGACCACUGUGAUCUCCGACAUUUUUUUGUUUUCAGUGUGCAGUCCAUCCUUCCUCAGCUUCCCUGUUUUCUGAUAAAGGGUCAUAGGCCUCGUAUUAACUCUUUUAUAUAUAAUGAUGCUGCCAGACCCGCUGCAUUCCUCUAGAUUAUUUGCAGUUUCUUGCUGCAUUGUUGAAGAUUACUUGUGUCAAUUCUCACUGAAGUUCUUGGAUGAAAGCAUUAUAUCGCCCCCUACAUAGCUGUUGAACAUAAAAGCAAAGUUGCAUCAAGGUUGUGAAUGAUAUCUAUAGAUCAGCGUUAACUAAUGGAAAUCACUAGCAGUGGUGAAACCAGUUCAGCCAAAUGGCUGGAUUUUAGUGGAAAAUGCCUGCCAUGGACCUGUGCAGUGCAGAUUAUGGAAAGUUCAAUAUCCCACAUAAUGCAAAUGAAUGUUGGAAUGAUAUGCUCAGUAUGUCUGUUACUUUUAGUUUAUAAUCAAAAACCAUACAGUUACAAAGGGAUUCCAAGUAGCCGUACGUGGCUUCAUAUUUGACAAUAUGGCUAAGGGUUACUUAUUUGCACUCAAGAUGAGGGCAUUGUGAAGCUGAAUGGUCAAAAAUAAAAUCAGGCAGGUUUGGGAAGUGAAUGAACAAAAAUGAGCAUCUACGUGUAAGCAUUGCCCAGCAGCAACUGUCAUAUAGAAUUUGUUAUUUAAUCCAGGGAUGUUGUACAGUUUUCCAAAGUGCUCCAAAUAAACUUUUGUUUAAAUUCUGAAAUGCUCUUUAUCUCUGUUCACUGUUAGAAGAACAGUGAUUAGCCAUUGCUGCCCAACAGUCAGGACUGGCAGAAAGGGAGCUCACCAAGAUCAACCUAGUGCUAAAAUCUGUGGAAUAUUCAACAGUAGGUUAUUAUGGUAUAGUAGUAAUCUGUUAACGUGUAGUACUGAGCUUACCCAUCAUUGAGGUAGGGAAUGACUACAUUCUGUUUGGUAAGAUAAUCUAAUGUUCUUAGUUAUUAAAAAAAAUUCCCUUUUCUCUUGCUGUAGUUGUCGCUGGCUCUGAACAAACAAAAAUCACAACUCUUACUGGGGAUUCUGAAUAAAUCAACGCAGUUCCAUUUUUAAAAGUAUAAUAGUGCAUAUAAUGAAAGAUGGCCUAAUGACUUGACAUCUUGUAAAUGCCUAAUUUUAUUAACGAUUUCUUUGCAGUAGGAUAUUUAUAUGGUGUAAAGGGUUAAAGAAAACCACUAAACCCACAGAGUACUUGAAGAGGGUAUUUGUCCUAAAAUAAAGAUGUUCAUUACUAACUAUGCUAUCAGAAUCCCUUUUGUUUUAGUAUGCAACAAAAAAAUUAGUUUAAUGUGCAUUAGUAAUGAAUGAGGGACUGUGAGAAAUGUUAAUAUUGUACAUUUUAAAUAGCUUGCAGGAAUUGUGACAAAAACUUGAGAUUUCUAACAUAAACAUUAAAAAUGUUUUAACACUAAUCCCAUGGGGUGAAAACAACACAUCAUGAAUGUAUAACCUAAUCUAACCUAGAGCAACUGGCUGGUUUUAACAAAUCAGACAGCAUGUUUGAGCUUAUUCAACUUUAUCUCUUUACAUUUCUAUUUUGGAGUUCUUAUGUUCUCAGCAUAAUUCUGAUUUUAUUUGCACAUAUAUGGUAGAAGAAUCUGAAUUAUAAAUUUUAACAGCCAAAUCUACUUUAAUCGUUUUUUUAGAAAUAUGUUAUUCCAGUCGUUCAUAGCCGGUUACCAAUAAAUUCCUUCAUUUACUGGUAUUUCUUUUAAAAAUUGUACAGUAAAAUGUCAGUAUUCUGGUAACUUCUGGUUCAACAUACAUUAGCUCAUAUAACCUGUAUUAAUUGUAUAGAUUGUGAAGUUAAGCUGUUACCAAGUGUCAGAGAAAGAGAAUAGGGUCAUAUGUAAUAUUUUGUUUGUAAUUAUCCUUUGUAUUGUUACAAAGGAGAUGUUAAAAUCAACUGUAAUAAAAUAAUUUUAGUA